ACUUUGUAGCAACAGCGCAAACAACAAGAAGUGGAAUUUUGGUUAGAAUCUACAAUGCCAAGUGAUGUUUGUUAGUGACCCAAACAAUGUUCUCAAACCGCUAAAAAGCUGAAUAAAACAGUCCAACCGCUGGAAUUCGCAAUGUACCGCACAGAUAAACAGUUUAUGAAAAACCCUGCAACUGCACCAUCCCGAAUUUAUAUCGGGAGCAUUCCAAAGACCAUAAUAGCUGAUGAUUUGGAGGCAAAGUUUUCCAAAUAUGGCAAAAUUUUGGGUCUAGUGAUCAAUUCCGGGUUUGCUUUCAUUCAGUACGAGUUUGAGAAUGAAGCUCAGAGUGCUAUUAGGAUGGAAAAUGGCGCCGUAAUGAUGGGACGCAAGAUUACAGUUCGACAAUCUUUUGCUGGAAAAGACAGUGGAGCUCCACCGAAUAAGAGUGCGGUGCCAGUUAAAGUGGACCCUCCGCCGCAAGGCCGGGAAAAUGAUCCUGCUGGAGGCAACAACAGGAUACAAGAGGAUAGAGGCAUGCAAUUUGAGCCCCCUGAUGAACCCAAGAAACCCAUUGACACUCAAACGAAGAUGGAAGAAGUAGAUGACGGCCCCCCGAUCCGGCCUACGCAGCAAAGUUUCAACGAAGAUAGAGGUAGAAGAAGCGGACCAAUUGCGGUUAGAGGUAGAAUCCGGCCAAGGGAAGGAUUUGACCCGUUUGAAAGACUCCCGUUUCCGGAUAGAGGACUCGGCCCAUAUUAUGAAGAUUAUGGUCCGCCGCCGCCUCUACCAGCUCCAGCUCCGGAGAUUCUUCCGCCUCCAGACCGAAACGAUUGCGAGAUUAUUGUUGUUUCGCGCGUACUAACGGAAUAUGCAGAGUUUAUAGAAUCGAGGCUGAAACAGAUGGGACUAAUAGUCGACCUCUUAUUUCCCAAUGAAGACGUGGCUAUAGGGAAAGUGUUAGCGAACAUAUCCAGUAGGGGUUGCUUGUAUGCCAUAUUGGUGAUGCCUCAAAAUGAGGAGCAGCGAAGUUUAACUCUGAACAUUUUGCAUGGGAUUCCUCAAGAGCACCGAAAUAUGCCUCUGGAGGACGCCGUUCUUCUAGUGCAGAGGAACUUUGAGGCCUACAUGAGGGGUGAAAAGGCGCCUGAAAACGCGGUAAAAAUGAGUUUAUCCGACAGACACCCCAUUCCCGUUCAGAUGCUUCUGAAUCUGCUUGCAGAAAAUCGGAUGCUGAGCACGUCUCAAUAUGACCGCAUUAUCAAAUACCUUCAAGAGCGGCGAGAGUUGCAGAGCGCACACGAGAUUGCCGAAGGAAUCACUCAAGCGUCAAAUGAGGCGCCGACGGAUAAACAGACGGAGCUCCAAAGUCGAAUUCUCAACAUAUUGAAUAAAGCGAAUGAUCCCGCGAUUCCGAAGUCCAUUACAUCGAUGGACUCCGCUGCAAAAGAACCAGCUACGCCCCUGUUAAAAGACCCAUCUGUUCAAAAGGCUUUGGACAGCAUCCUGUCUGGAGACAUGUUUAAGGGCUUAACUGAACGACUGUAGUAAAUAAUAAUGACUGGGAUGACGUGAACGCGAAUCCCAAAAAUGGCAGGUGCCGGGCAAAAAUUGAGGUAGUUUCUAAUCCAACUAAACUAUACACCUGACAAAUGGACAAUAUUCUAUGGCCCACGGAUAUUGGAAAAAUUAAUGUACGGCCCAAAGUUUUAUACAAGGAAUUGAUUGAAUAUUUCCACACCCGCUUGCAUAUGGUUUCACGUAAGAACAUUUAUUAGCGGGAAAACCCCUAAAGUAAAAACUCACUAAUU